CAGGCGCCGUCGUCGCUCGCCGUCCGCUGGGCGGGCGAUGUCUGCAGGCGGGCGGUGCCGGGGGCGGCGCCGACGGCCGUGUCCCGUCCCCGGCCGGGCAGCGAGGGAGGGACUGGUGGUGGGAGGCAGCCGCCGCCGCCUGGCCACGGCGGCUCCGUACACUCGACGGGCACCCAAGGAGGGCUCUGCCGUCCCCGCCUCCCCGGGAGCCGCCGCCGGGGAUGGGGAACGCCGAGAGCGGGGAGCCGGGCGGGGGCUCCGGGCUGCUGCCGCCCCCGCCGGGGAAAGUGCCCAUGCCGGACCAGGGGGAGCUGGAGGAGAGAUUCGCGAUGGUGCUGAGCUCCAUGAACCUCCCUCCUGACAAGGCUCGUCUCCUCCGGCAAUAUGACAACGAGAAGAAAUGGGACCUCAUUUGCGACCAGGAACGAUUUCAGGUGAAGAACCCACCCCAUACAUACAUUCAGAAACUGAAGAGCUUCCUUGACCCAGGAGUCACCCGGAAGAAGUUCCGUCGGAGGGUGCAGGAAUCCACCAAAGUGCUGAGGGAGCUGGAGAUCUCUCUAAGGACCAACCACAUUGGGUGGGUGCGCGAGUUUCUCAAUGACGAAAACAAAGGCCUGGAUGUGCUGGUGGAUUAUCUCUCCUUUGCUCAGUGUGCGGUGAUGUUUGAUUUUGAGGGCCUGGAAAGUGGUGAGGAUGGAGCGCUGGAAAAGCUGAAAUCCUGGAGCAGGUCCAUAGAGGAUCUGCAGCACCCCAGCACCCUGUCUGCACCCUACGCCAACAGCCUUGCUCGCUCUGCGCGCCAGUCUGCUCUCCGAUACACCACCCUUCCCAGCAGGAAAGCCCUGAAGAACUCAAGGCUGGUUAGCCAGAAGGAUGACGUCCACGUGUGCAUCCUGUGCUUAAGAGCCAUUAUGAACUACCAGUAUGGAUUCAAUUUGGUCAUGUCUCAUCCUCACGCUGUCAACGAGAUUGCCCUCAGCUUGAACAAUAAGAACCCCAGGACGAAGGCCCUGGUGUUAGAACUGCUGGCAGCUGUUUGUCUGGUGCGCGGCGGCCAUGAGAUCAUUUUGGCUGCUUUUGAGAAUUUCAAGGAGGUUUGCAAAGAGCAGCACCGCUUUGAGAAGCUGAUGGAGUAUUUCCGCAACGAGGACAGCAAUAUUGACUUCAUGGUGGCCUGUAUGCAGUUCAUCAACAUCGUGGUACACUCUGUUGAGGACAUGAACUUCCGCGUGCACCUGCAAUAUGAGUUCACCAAACUAGGUCUGGAAGAGUUCUUACAGUCGAGACACACGGAAAGCGAAAAGUUGCAAGUGCAGAUCCAGGCUUACCUGGACAACGUAUUUGAUGUAGGAGGGCUGCUGGAGGAUGCGGAGACCAAGAACGUAGCGUUGGAGAAAGUGGAGGAGUUGGAAGAACAUUUAUCACAUUUGACAGAAAAGCUUCUGGAUCUGGAGAAUGAAAACAUAAUGCGGGUUGCAGAGCUGGAGAAACAGCUGCUACAGCGGGAGAAGGAGUUGGAGAUUGUCAAGGAAACCUACGAAAGUGCCAGCAACCAGGUCCACACCCUGCGCAGAAUCAUCAAGGAGAAGGAGGAGGCUUUCCGACGCCACUAUACCUCUCGCCCGACAGGGGGAGACCACCUGCCGCUGCCGCCACCUCCAGGGGCGGAGGUCAACUUCAGCGACAUCCCCGAGGACGACCUCCGCCUCCCGGUCCUGCCUCCCAUGGAGGCUGCCCCUCCACCCCCGCCCCCUCCUCCGCCUCUCCCCCCGCCCCCUCCUCCGCUACCGGAUAAGUGUCCGCCAGCUCCACCACUUCCGGGGAUGUCUCCCUCUGUGAUUCUCACUAUGGGCUUAUCAGCAAUCCGGAUUAAGAAACCCAUCAAGACGAAAUUCCGCUUGCCGGUCUUUAACUGGACGGCCUUGAAGCCCAACCAGAUCAGCGGCACAGUCUUCAGUGAGCUGGAUGAUGAAAAGAUCUUGGAGGACCUUGAUCUGGACAAGUUUGAGGAGCUCUUUAAGACCAAAGCCCAAGGCCCGGCCAUUGACCUUCUCUGCUCUAAGAACAAGGCAUCCCACAAGGCAGUCAACAAGGUCACCCUGUUGGAAGCCAACCGGGCCAAGAACCUUGCCAUCACCUUGCGCAAAGCAGGGAGGAGCACAGAGGAGAUCUGCAAAGCCAUUCACACGUUUGACCUGAAGACUCUCCCGGUGGACUUUGUCGAGUGCCUCAUGCGCUUCCUGCCGACGGAGAACGAGGUCAAGCUGCUGCGCCAGUAUGAGAAGGAGCGGAAGCCGCUGGAGGAGCUGUCGGACGAGGACCGCUUUAUGCUGCACUUCAGCAAGGUGGAGCGCCUGACGCAGCGCAUGGCCAUCAUGGCCUUCCUGGGCAACUUCAGUGAGAACAUCCAGAUGCUCAUGCCGCAACUGAGUGCAAUCAUUGCUGCCUCUGCAUCUGUCAAGUCUUCACAGAAGCUCAAACGCAUGUUGGAGAUCAUCCUCGCUCUCGGCAACUACAUGAACAGCAGCAAACGUGGUUCGGUUUAUGGUUUUAAGCUGCAGAGUCUUGAUCUGCUGUUGGACACCAAGUCGACGGACCGGAAGCUAACCCUCUUGCACUUCAUUGCCAUGAUGGUGAAGGAGAAAUACCCCGAGCUGAGCACCUUCUGGCAGGAACUGCACUUCGUGGAGAAAGCAGCUGCAGUAUCCCUGGAGAACGUGCUGCUGGAUGUAAAGGAGCUGGGGCGUGGGAUGGAGCUGAUCCGGCGGGAGUGCAGCUUGCGGGACCAUAGCAUCCUGCGCAGCUUCCUGAACGCCAAUGAGGGCAAGUUGGACCGGCUACAGAAAGACGCUAAGACUGCGGAGGAGGCCUACAACACGGUUGUGCGCUAUUUCGGCGAGAGCCCCAAGACGACACCGCCGUCCGUUUUCUUCCCGGUCUUUGCGCGCUUCAUCCGAUCCUACAAGGAUGCAGAGCAGGACAACGAGAUGCGUAAGAAGCAGGAACAGGCCCAAAGAGAGCAGGCGCUGGCCCAAGAAGCCAAGAGGCUGGAGAAGUUGCCUUUGCAGCGCAACAAGUGGCAGCAGCAAGAGUUGAUUGCUGAGCUGAGGCGGCGCCAGGCCAAGGACCACCGGCCUGUUUAUGAAGGCAAAGAUGGGACCAUUGAGGAUAUUAUCACCGUGCUGAAGAGCGUCCCCUUCACUGCCCGCACAGCGAAGCGGGGGUCUCGCUUUUUCUGCGAGCCAUCCCACCAUGACGAGCCUAACUGUUAGCUCCGCCCUCUCCCUCGUCAAAGAGCUCUGCAUACCCUGCCUUUCCAAUGGGCUAAUGCUGCAGUCCCAACAGCCCAGGCCUAGUUCUUCUUUUGCCAAAGAAAAAAAAAACUUCCAUCCUUUCAAACAUUUUAAGCUGAAGAACCAAAGGGACAUUUAGGAAGUGCCUUACUGCGACAGUAUUAUUGUUAUUCUCUUUAUUAUUUAAGGUGUAUUUUUUAAUCUGUACAUAUAUGACCUUUCCCUCGCUGAGCCAGCUCUGAA